AUGCUCGUGGUACUCUUCUUACUCUCCUUAACCUCCCUUUGCUAUUCCUUGACCGUGCCUUUGAAGGCUCGCGAUGCGGACACCACUGCCGGUCCUGGGGGCUAUGCCCAUACGCAUCCCACAGAUCUCAUGAUCCAUGACCCGAGUGUCAUCAAGUACGGCGACAAGUACUACGCGUACGGCGUGGGCGUGUAUAUCAACAUCUGGGAAUCAUGGACUAUGGACGGACCUUGGAACCUCACUGGAAGCUUGUUAGAUGGGCCAGCAGCCAUCAAUAAAGGUGCUAACACCGAACCUUGGGCUCCCAACACGAUCCAGGUCGGAGACACCUUCUACUGCUACUACGCCGUCAGCGAGGCAGGCAGCCGUGACAGUGCUAUCGGUGUGGCGACCUCGAGCCAUCCCGGCCCAGGUGGAUGGACCGAUCAUGGACUGGUUUUGCAGACUGGAUCCGGUGUUGGAUCGCAGCAAUAUCCCAUGAACGUGUCGAAUGCCAUCGACCCCACUAUCCUGAUUGCGGACGUUCCUUACCUGAUCUAUGGUAGCUACUGGACCGGUAUCUACCAGGUUCCGCUGUCAGAGGACAUGCUCUCCAUGGCCGACCCCCAGUCUCCGGAUGCCACUCAUCUCGUCUAUGCUCCCCAGGGCAUUCACCCCGCCGAAGGCAGCUUUGCGACUUACCAUGCUCCUUACUAUUAUCUCUGGUUCAGCCAUGGUCAAUGCUGUGACCUGAACGCCAACGCGCUCCCCGCCGCUGGACAUGAAUACAGUAUUCGUGUCGGAAGGUCGAUGGACCCCCGAGGACCGUACCUGGACAAGGAUGGCACGGACCUGGUCAAUGGAGGUGGCACUAUUGUGUACGCUUCCAACGACGAUGUUUACGCUCCUGGCGGCGAGGGUGUCUUGAACGACGGCCAGAACGAUAUCCUCUUCUACCACUAUGUCAACACGACAGUCGGCUACGGCUUCAACCAGACCAGCAUGGGCUGGAACUUCCUCGACUAUCCAGACGGAUGGCCAGUCGCGACAUACAACCGUCCUUCAACGUCCUCCUCUUCCUACUUCUGGUGA